CUUUUCGUCGAGAUGGGUGAUGAAUUUGAUGGUUGUGAAUGUGUGUGGUCGCAUGAGUUGGCCAUGCAAAGAUUAUUGAAUUUCAUACGUCAAAAUCAAAAUGAGUGCACAGAUACAAAUUGUAUUGAUGUUUCAGGACGGUUACAGCAAACCACUCCAUCCACAGGAGGUGAAGAGAAUAAUUUUACCAUGAUGACUAUGGUUAUGAUCUUUGCAUUGAUUAUGUAUUUCAUUAGACCAGAGUCAAUUUUGAAGCUGACUAAUGGCAGCAACAAGCGUAGCGAUAGACCAGAUCGUGGCAAUGGUCCGCAACCACCUACACCGCCGGCGGUGAAUUAAUGAAAUGCAAUUAUUCCUGAUUUUUGUUUCUUUUCUUCGGUUCAUACAUAAAUAUAUAUAUAUAUUUAUAUAUAUAUAAUACACACGUAUAUGUAUUUGUAAGUAAGUUGGUACUAAUUCUAAUAAUAUUUUUAUUAUUAUAUGGUAAAAUUGGCAUUUUGAUAUGUAUACAUAUGUACGGAAUAAUUAGGAAAAAAUAAAGUUUGCAGCAUCAAACAGAA